AGUAUAAUAUUUUAUAUAUACAUGGAAAAAGUAAACAUAUUGGUAUCUUGGGGGAUAUUUCCAAAGUUUUGAAACGUAUUUUAUUUUAGUUGGUUGCGCUCUAAGCCGGCAUUUCAUCUGUACAUGUUGGCAGAUCUAUGAUUGUGACGUUCUGGAGAGCAGUACUCGUGGCGAGGAGGCUCAUCAUGACUGAAGCUGUGAAACCCACCAUCGUGUUCGUGCUGGGGCCGCCUGGUGCUGGGAAAGGCACGCAGAGUCAAAACAUUGUCAAGGAGUUUGGUUACGUCCACCUGUCUGCCGGUGACCUGCUGAGGGCGGAGCGGAACAGUCCAGGCUCGGAAUACGGGGAGCUCAUCGAGACGCACAUCAAGAACGGCAGCAUCGUGCCUGUAGCCAUCACUAUCAGCCUUAUAGAGAGGGCUAUGAAGGAUAGUGCGAGCACCAAGUUUCUAAUCGACGGCUUCCCUCGUAACGAAGACAACCUGCAAGGCUGGAACGAGAGGAUGGAGGACAAAACCAACCUCAAGUUUGUCCUUUUCUUCGACUGCUCAGAAGAGGUGUGUGUCCAGCGCUGCCUGCACAGAGGUGAACAGCAGGCCAAGGCUGGGGCCAAGAGGUCAGACGAUAACCUGGACAGUCUCAGGAAAAGGAUCUCCACCUACACCAACUCCACCUGGCCCAUCAUCGACCACUACCAGAAACUCAGCCUGGUCAGGACGGUGGACGCUGCCGGCUCUGAAGAUGAGAUUUUUGCAGAGGUCAAAAAGUUGUUCAGCGAUUGAUGACCAACAACACCAGACAUUUUAAUAGAAAAUAACAGUAAGAAAAUCACUUAGUAAUACGUUGAUGAUGACAUUCUGUGCUUCUGUUCUUCUGUCGUGUACUCAGCCAUUGUGUCAAGAACAAUUUAUCAUACAGGUGUGUGCACUUUGGGAUGGUAAAAUGAAUGACUAUGUUGGGUUAAUAGUGCAGGUGUUUAGAGGGUAAAGCUUUCAGGUAGAAUGUCCAUCAUCAUUUAUCACUCAGAGAUUAGUACUUAGUGUAAGGAUGAUGGGGAUUCAAUGGUUUUGGUAGGGGCUUGAUAUGUGUCAUAUAUGUUUAUGUGUAAUUCUGCCUUUCUUUUUUCUGUUGUUCUGAAACCUUUUGAAAAUACAUUCCUUGAUAAUGUAGUGAUAUGUGGCAGAUAUUUCAACAUGUUUGUGCUACAGCUUCAGAAUUUUUAGGCCAGCCAUAUACAAGCAAGCACAACAACAUUAUGACCAUGCUCAUAUGUUGUUCCACUCCAUCUUGCAUUCAACUUCAUUGCAGUAAGAAUUGGUACUGCUUUUCCUUUUAUAUUCCAUCUUUUAAGGAAAAUGGCUUACUUGGAAGAAUGUAUUAUCAUGCUAGUAAGGAUGAGUAUUGUGAACAUCUCAGUGCAAUUUGUAUUAUUUUCCCAGAAAUAUUUUGUAGGGCAGAUCUUCCAAUAGUUUUGUGUGACUUUGUUCCCCUGGUGCAAUUAUUUAGUGAAAAGGGUAGGGCUGAUUUAGCUGUGGAAGCUAAGAUAUUUAUCAAACAGCUGUUUUUCACUAUCACAACACUGCCUCAUAUGAUUCAGAUAAUUCUAAUGACCCAUUCAACUUCUGGCUAGCAAUACUCAGAAGAUUUAAUGUUCAGCCUACUACAAAUGUAAAUGUGACCCUCUUGCAUCAAAUUUGCAUUAGUUAUGGGCAGCAGGGACAAGGUAAACAUGUUUAUGUUUGUUAAUGAUUAUAACAUACUCUCUCUUGGUUGGAUUUGUGCAGAAGUAAUCGUCUGUGCUGAGAAGCCGUGAAAGAAGUAAUUAUUGAAUUUCUAUCUUCAGAGCUUUGAACCAGUAACAAAUUUGGUAAGAAUCAACGGUAAGACUGUAAAAAAUUAUGAGUUUCUGGUACAGUUCAUUUGCAGAUAAAUUUGACUUUCAGCUUAUUUGUGAGGACAAAUAAAAUCUCAUUACAAAAAUAAAAAAA